GGCGCAUGCGCCUGACGCCCGCUCGCUUGCUUGCCGGCCGGCCUCCCGGUUCCGUCGCCGUCCCGUCAUUCCCAGCGGGAAGCAAUAGAGUGGGAGUCGCUGGUGGGCUCUAGAGCGGCGCAAGGCCGAUGAUGUCGGAGAAGAAACAGCCCGUCGACUUGGGGCUCUUGGAGGAGGACGACGAGUUCGAGGAGUUCCCGGCCGAAGACUGGGCUGGUUUAGAUGAAGAUGAAGAUGCACAUGUGUGGGAAGACAAUUGGGACGAUGACAAUGUGGAAGAUGAUUUCUCCAAUCAGCUAAGAGCUGAAUUAGAAAAACACGGCUACAAGAUGGAAACCUCAUAGCUUUCAGGGAUGCUGUGGUCUGGGAUGGGACUGCUAUAUAUUGAACAGAGAAAUGUUACAGAAUGCUAGCUGGAAGAAGAAAUACUAGAAUGCCCUUUAUUACACCCCAAAUUUGUUUUUGUUUUGUAUGAAUAAAAAAUUGAAUCUUAAAGGGUU